AUGGUGCUAUCCCUACCUGUCCCCAGCUUCUCCAAAUCCUCCACGUCUCCUUCUAAUCAGGCCACCGACGGUAAUCACCAUCAUCCCCUCCUUCCAGCUUCGACAGGACGAUCUUCGGAGAAGAAACAAGGUUGGAAAUCUUCCGCAACUCUGGAAGCGUCUCCUGGAAACCAUUCCACCACCUUAGCCGAGGCCCUCCGCGGCAACCCUUUCGGAGCCACGUCACGAUCUCGCGCUCUGGAGGUGUUGGCCCGUCAGGCUGACGAGCAGAAACGGGAACAGGAAGAACUGAAUGAUGCGCUGGAUAAACUCGCCCGGAUUUUCCCGGACGUGAAGGUCGAGGUGUUUCGAGAACUGCUUGUCCGCUUUGAUGGGCAGAGUCGGCUCCAUGUCUGCGUUGAGCAGCUGCUGAGACACAAGGAGGAAUGGGUUGCGGGAAGAUGGAACACACCGGACGGGAAAGGCUCAAACCCUGAAAACGUCCGACAUGAUGAUGCUGGACGAGAUACCGAUGGAAAUAUUGUGCCUCUUGAGGAACGGUUUCGCACCAAGGAGUACAAGACGUCCGUCAAAACUGUCCUUUCGAAGGAAUUUGGCAGCCUGAGCAAGAGCACUAUCGAUGCUGUGUUGGCGGAGGUGAAUUUUUCCUACACCCGCGCGCGGCCUACACUUCGUGAUCUCUCUCGGAGGACUUGGCGGGCGACCCUCCACAGCAUAUUACCUUCCUUCAAACGCAAGAAGGACAGAGACGACCAUGUCAUGCUAGUGUGGCAGCGUCAUGCUGAUGGACAGAUGGUACCGCGGCUAAAAGAGACUGGAUGCGAGGAACUAGAUCGGGAGUUGCAUGAGGCAUUGCUUACGCCAAUACUCCAGCAAAGGAAGGAGGAGCAAGAAGGGCGAGAUUUUGAGCUUGCUGAAGAGCUGAACGAAAGCGAAGCUAAAGCGGCGGAUUCAUUAUACGAAUGUGAAUGCUGUCUUGGGGAUAUAACGUUCGAACAGAUGUCAACCUGCUCGACCAGCUCGCACAUCAUCUGCUAUAACUGCAUCCGACGGACGUUACAUGAAGCUCUGUUCGGCCAGGGAUGGAAUAAGUCCGUGGAUAUUGAGAGGUCUACGCUCAAGUGUAUUGCUCCGCUUUCACAUGGCACUUGUGAUGGACACUUGCACACCGAAGUCGUCAAGCGUGCUAUCAUUCUGGACAAGGCUGGAUGGGAGAUAUACCGCAAGUUCGAAGACCGGGUGGCCUCCGAAACUCUCCUAAAAUCACAGAUGAAGCUAAUCCGUUGCCCUUUUUGCGCCUAUGCCGAAGCGGACUCCGUCUAUCACCCGUCAGCAAGGGGGAUUUCCUGGCGAUUUCGCCGUGACAGUGUCAUCUCUACGAUUUGCUUGUUUGUCUUUCUUAUUGAUUUGAUACCCCUUUUCGUUAUUCCUUUAAUAAUACUCUUAUUACUCGAUCGUGCUUCUCUGUCCGCUAUUUUCCACAAAUCCCUAUGUAAUCUCUGUCUCAAAAGUCGCCCUAAAAGAUUCACUUGUGCGAGUCCCUCUUGCGGGCAAUCCAGCUGCAUUAACUGCCACAAACCUUGGCGUGAUCCACACAUCUGCCAUGAACCACUGCUACUCGACCUUCGAACGACGGUCGAGGCGGCCCGUACGGCUGCCGUGAAGCGCACUUGUCCUCGCUGCGGACUUUCUUUUGUCAAGUCCUCCGGCUGCAACAAGCUCACCUGCGUAUGUGGGUAUUCCAUGUGCUACCUCUGUCGAAAGGCUUUAGGUCCACGCUUAAGAGGACCUGGUCGUCAAGGGCGUCGAGUGCCACCUCACGAGAACAACGUCAACCCAGAUGGCGCUGCCCUUGGCCCAGAGAUGAAUGAGGAUGAGGACGAGGACGAGGAAGAAGACGAAGAACCCGAGGGCUAUAAGCACUUCUGUGAACACUUCCGCGCCAAUCCAGGCUCCCGGUGCACCGAAUGUAACAAAUGCGAUCUCUACCAAGACGUGGACGAAGAAGCCGUCGCCCGUCGUGCGGGUGAGAAAGCUGAACGCGAAUGGCGGAUGCGGCAAGGCAUGGCUGGAAUCGGAAUUGGAAGCAGACACAUUAACUCGGAUCUUACAGCAUCUCUCAACUCACAAAUUUCUGUCGGCGAUGCAGGCAGGGGUAGCGGCCGAGUUGGUGGCCAUCAUCAGCCAUCAUGGGCACAGGAGCUAGGAUUCCAGUUUGGUUCUCGGGGAAGAGACUGGCGAUAUUGGCUCAAGGACGUCUGGAAGGAUGGCCACUGGAAACUGGAAGGUCAGGCCCUGGUCGAUUCGGUUGUCGAGGCUUUAGUGAUUAUUGAUGAGGUGUGA